CUCAAGAUAAUUCCGAAAAGUUCCGAAUGGACAACGUUUGUUAAAAAAAACAAGUCGCCCAAAGGACUGUUGUAAGAGAAAGCACGUUAAUAUGAUUUGAAUACACAGGAUCAAAAUAAAAUUAUGUGAGUGUAAACAAAGAUUUGAUGAUGAGGGCAAGACCUAGGAGUAUACUAAUUACAGUUGGUCUAGUGUUGUGCACAGUGUUUUGGCUAGCAUUGUUUUCUAAGGAAGACAGGAACUAUGAUCAUGUACUUCAGGUCAGAUUUGCUGAACUACAAGACAAGUUGGAGAUGUCAGAUACAUUAAACAGAGAAAGACAAGAUAAUCUAAAUAACCUAAGAAAUCAGUUCAAUUACUUUCUACAAAUGGUCUCACAGAAUUCUACUGUUAACAGAUCUCAAUCUGACUAUAUGUCUUCUGAGCUCCAGGAACUUUUCAGAGGUCAUUUACAUAAUAUAACAGAAGAGAACCAGUCAGGAACCAGUUUACAUCUACCAAGCAUCUUUACAUACCUUCCACAUCUUACUGGGCAUCCAGAAAGUCUGAAACCAAACUAUCAUCUGUCAAAAAAUAAAUUUGGAGCUUCCAUUGUUAUUGGCAUACCAACAAUCAAAAGAGAAAAAAUCAGUUAUCUCAGUAAUACACUGAAGUCUUUAGUUAAUGGUCUGACUGCACAGGAGAAAAGGGAUUGUCUUAUUAUUGUAUUCAUAGCAGAGCCAUACAACAAUGACUAUGUGGAAUCAGUUGGGAGGGAAGUACAAACCAGUUUUCCGAAGCAAGUUGAGUCAGGAUUAAUUGAAGUUAUAUCUCCAUCAGAAGACUUUUAUCCUAAUCUAAAUGAUAUACCAUUAACUUAUGGUGAUACAAAGGAGAGGGUAAAAUGGAGGACAAAACAAAACCUGGAUUUUUCCUUUCUUAUGCUGUAUGCCAGAACAAGAGGGAUUUAUUAUGUUCAGUUAGAAGAUGAUGUACUGGCCAAGCCUGGUUACUUUACCAUUAUGAAAACAUUUGCUGAACAGCAGUCACAGAAAGACUGGAUUCUGCUGGAGUUUUCAUCACUUGGAUUUAUUGGAAAAAUGUUUAAGUCUUCCAAACUACCAAUUGUAGUAGAAUUUUUCCUGAUGUUUUUUAAAGAUAAACCUAUAGACUGGUUGUUGGAUUAUUUAUUAGCUGUUAAAGUGUGUAACCCAGAGAAGGAUUCAAAACACUGUAGUCGUAUGAAGCAGGAAGUUAGAGUUCGAUUCAAACCUUCAUUGUUUCAACAUGUUGGUAUGCAGUCAUCUCUGAAAGGGAAAGUACAGAAGUUAAAGGAUAGAGAUUUUGGAAAACAUAUGUUAUUUCGUGUGCAUGUGAAUCCUCCAGCUGAAUUAAGGACUUCCUUGACAACUUACCUCAAAUUUACUGUACAGAAAGCUUAUAUAGGACAAGACAUUUUCUGGGCAUUAGCUCCUAACCAAGAUGAUUACAUAGAAGUAAUACUCAAACCACCAGUUGCUUUAGAUGAGAUUUUAUUUCGUAGUGGGAAAGCUGAUCACAGAGAAGACAAGUUCUACAAUACAUCAUUACAAGUUAUUCCUCUUAAUUAUCAUGAUCCUAUUAAAAACAGGGCAAAGAAAACCAAAGAUGGAUACUUUGAUCUAGCAGAAUUUGAUAAGGAAGGGAUUGUACAUGUUAGAUUAGAAAGUGAUGUUGGAAAACUGUCAAAAAUAAGAAUUAAAGUGCAUAAGUCAAGCGAAAACUGGGUUAUAAUUAGUGAGAUUCAUCUUAAACAGAGAACCCGAAAACAAAGCUAGCAUUAGUCUGUGUGUAAAACUGACUGAGAUAUUAUUUGUUUCUAUUUGGUUCCAACCUUAAAGAUGAGGUUUCCUAUUCAAGGAAAGUUUUGUAUAAUUAUAUCAUGGUUGGAUUCAUAAUGGGAAAAGCCAAGAACUUACCGGUGUAAAUCUACAAAGAGUCUAUAGUACAUGUAAACUGUUUUGGUCAUCAGUCUCAAAGAAACAGUGAUCAAAGACACUCUACGGGUUGAAAACUAUGAUUUUAUAACAAUCAUGAUUUACUUUCUGUUUUAUGUUAAUCAGAAACAGAAUCUUAAUUCUUUUAUCAUGAUUUUAUUUGUGAGAUAAGUUGCUGACUAUGUGUUAUCAGAAUCGACAAUCUCUGUUCUUUGUUUUGGAAAGUCUAUUAUUUUUGGUCAAAUGUGAAAACAGAUAUGUGAGCUUUUCCACUAUGUUGCACUACAUACAUAGAUAAAAUCAGUACAAAAAUCACAAAGAAAUGAACUUGAAAUAACCAAUUUACAGAAUUAUAAAUUAAAGUUUAGUCAAAGUAACGAGUAGCAGUUGUUUCAUUUCAGAAAACAAAUCGGUUUGUCAUAAGAUAUGUAAUAUGUAAAGUUUAUUUUUACUGAGCCAUAUUUCAUAGGUUGUUUUGUUAGAAUUACCCUGGUUCUUAACUAAAGUUCUUGAUACCAGUCAGUCAUAUGGGAAGAACCUUUCUCAAAAGAAGAAAAAGGGCCUCUCUCUUCCCUUUUGUGAAACUAUUAACUUUUUCACUGUUGCCAAAAUCUACAGAAGGUGCUAUAAGUUUUUACUAGUCUUUAAGGUGCUACUAAUCAAAAUAGUUUGUCAUGUUAGAAAAGUCAUGGUAUGAAGUCUAGUCAUGGUAAGUCUAGUCAUGGUAUAGAAUGUGUUCAUAUAGUAUUAUUUCGGUUCUAUCCAAACCUGUUAUUUUGUCAAUUUUAACACACUGCCACUGGUAGCCUGUAGUGAUGCAUGCAAGCACACUAGCAUUUUUUUAUUAUUAAUCUUAUUUAAAUGGAUCUAAAUAAAACCAGUUAUCAUUCACAUUAUCUUUAAUCAUAAUGAUCUUAUCGGUCUACUCUGAACCACUGUCUUCACACUUAAAGAAAAAAAUGCAAUGAAUCAGACCCAAUUACUCAUAAAACUGUAAACAUUGUGUAUGAAUAGAAAUAAUCAUAUUUAUGUGUUGUUACACACACAUAAAAAAAAUAUGGACGCAGUUAUUGUUUCUUGAAUCACAAGUUCGAAAUUUCAUACUGGUAAUCUUGCAGUUUUCAUUUACUGAAAGAAAAAAAAAUCAACAGAAGAAAAGAAGACAAAGAUUUCUCAAAAAUUAUGCAAAGACGAAGACAACCUUUUCCCGGAUUUGUGAACACAAAGUUUUGUCCAAAAAAAAAAUAGGGAUUAAACACCUAAACCACCAAAUAUAUACAGGGAUGCUAAUUUAUUCUAUGUGUAGUUUUGUCACUAAACAUGCUUACAAGUUAUUUUCGUUUCAAUUGUACUAGUUUAAAUGAAUCUUUGUGUUCACACUUUCAGUUAGCUCAGUUCAAUGUAGAUCUUUUCAAACUGAAAAAGCUCUUUGGUGUUUUAGUUAAAACCGAUUGAAGAGAUAUUCAAAGAAUCACAUUAGCCAUUAAACUGAUCUUAAGUGAGCCAAUCUAGUUUAAAUUGAUCUCAAUGUCCUUGUGUGAACAGGGUCUAACACAUAUAACUUCCUCCCAUUAAUGAUAAGUUAUAAUUGAAUGGAAAUAUAGCCUAUCUGUGACCAUCUUUCACAUGAAAUCAAACAUAAUAUAUUCCUUCCUUACUCAUUUCAUAAUUUUAAUGGGAGGUAAAUGUGGUUUUAUGCAUCUGUUAGGGAAUAUUUUUCUUAUACAAAAUAGAGUUUUAAUAUUGAUGGAUAAUUAACAUCUCCAAUAGAGGAUAAUAGGGAGAACACCAUUGGUAGACUUUAUCUCUGAAUUCUCACAUUGCAAUUAUGGGUAAAGUCUGAUACGCAUGUUUUUUUUAAGAUGUACAAUAAAGGAAAAGGGUUAAGAUUGGCCUUAAUUUUUUUUUUAUUUUUUUUGACAUCAUCCUUUAAAAUUUAGGAAGCCAUGCAUGACCCCUGAAAUGAACAUUAAUUGUAAUUUAAUGUCAAUUUUGGUAAAAAAAAAAAUCAUAAUUUUAAUUGUUUUUGGCAUAUUUUACCUUGGCCUCCAUCCACGAUCCAAAAAGCUUUUAUAUUGAUGAAUUUUAUAUCUAGAUUGGAUUUUUUUGUUACUAAACAUUUUGGAUCGUAGGUGGCACCCAAGGUUUUCCUAAAGCUUUAAGGUCUGAAUUAUAUUUUGACAAAAUAUCCAAAAUGGGCUUACUUUGAAUAUUAUAUACUGAUUAAUUUAGCAAUAUUAAAGGCUUUUGAAAUACAUGUAUACCCAUUUAUGAACCACAUUGUGGUAUUUUUGUUGUUUUAAGAUAAAGUUGAUAUUUUAGGCCAUUUUGUGCCAUUGAACCUUGUCAUUUAUGCAGAAUGAUUUAGAUAAUUAUAAUUUUCUUUUAUAGUUUUAUAUAUAAUAAUGAAACCUUCUGUUUUUUUAUUGUAUGUUUAGUAUGUGUAUUGUUAUAUGUUUGAUUAUGUAAAGUUCUGAAUGAAAAAAAUAUUAGCAUUGUUCUGGAUAUUUUCAUAAACAUUUUGUAAUUGUUGUUUUAUAUCCCCUUCCCUGUUUUACUACCUCUGUCUGUCUGUUUAGCAGAUUUAUAUUCAUAGAUCCUGAACUUCCCAUUUUCCCAAUAUUUAACCUACUACACUGCUGUCAUCGCCAUUUGAUUUUCAUUUUUUAUGAAAUUUCUGGAUUAAAUCUGCACUUUUCUCUAUGAAAAGUACUAUACUAUACUAUUGUAUAAAUUUGAUAUUUAAUAAUGUAGAAAGUUACUUUAGGAUAAUCUCAUUCUUUGUUUUCAAUGAUUUUGUAGUUGAAUUCCUGUCAUAAUUUGUUUAUUAACUUGCAAUAUGCCUAGUUUUGAAGCACACAUAUAUCAUGUGUUUGCAUCUAGCUACAAGUUUGAGUAUUAUAACAGUAUUAUUGUUUUUAGUGCAACUUUUGGUAGAAUAAUUAUAUAUUGAUAUGUUAAUAUUUUUAAGUUGAACUGUGAGCACUUUUCAGUUAUUUUAUAUCUAUUUAAUGCCUGAUUAUAUUCUAUUGUUUUUGGUGUUUUUUUUAAGGUAAAGAUCAUCAAUGCAGUCAACAGCCUAAUUGGACCAUAUUUUCCAAACUGUUUAGCUAGCUAUAUUUUCCAAACCGUUUCACUAUUUUUAGAGCUAAAACACUGUGCAUUGAGGGCAUCAAUCUAUUCCAUAACAUUUCAAGAAAUUUAUCAAUAAUAUAAAGUUUCGGAUUACUUUAUUAGUGAUUUUUUUUUUAUUGAAGUCUCAUCAACACUCAAUCAAAUUAUUAUUGUACAAGUCAAUAAAGGGUUUGAUUGGGAGCAAAUUAUAAAAUAAAAAGUAAAUGUUCUUUUAAAAUGAUAAUCACCUAUACUUGUUAAGACCAAUAAUAUUAGAAUUUUACCAUAGAUUAUUAUACACAAUCAGCUAGCCUUAAAUUAAAUCAGUUUUUGAAAUAGUUCUAAGCAUUUAGAAUCCUUAGAAAACAAGCUUUUUAUUUUCGCAGAAGUCAGUUUGAUAAAAAAAAAUCAACUUUUUAAACUGGUGUUUUCUUUUUUUUCUGCUAUUGUUUUGUUUUGUGAAACAUUUUAAGUGUAAUGCUGUAAGUUUAAAGAGAACAAUUAUUUUUAUCUCUGUAGGGGGGGGGGGGGGGGGGUAUAGAUAUUUCUAUAAAACUAUUUUCUGAUUCCAAAAUUUUUGAUCAAGUAAAAUGAAGAAAAAUAUUCUGAUUUAAUUUUUGCCAUAAAUUUUAACGUUAAUUGUUUAAUUAGGUGUACAAAAAAAAUGUGAAUAAAAGAAUGCCUUUAAAUGGUUGUUCCCUUAGUAAAACUUAAUGAUGUUAGUUAUGAUAGAUUGUUUUGUGCAAUAAUUUAUUCAUAUUGUUGAUGCUUCUAUGUUAUAUUCAAAUUUAAAAUCAGCAAAUGCCAAAAAAAAAUUGUCAAAAUGUAUUAAAAAAUAAAUCAUUGAACAAUA